AUGACCUUCUCGACUGCUCGCCCGACUCUAUACAAUCGCGACCCUUACACCUUCUUCAACGCCUCCUCCGUGCCUGCUGGCAUACUGAAUGUCAUCCUUUCCAUCUUGACAUCCUGGGAUCAAGCGUCCACCGACUACGCCUACGCCGAGCAGUUCCACCCCAACGGCGUCCUCCAUGUCGUCCCAGAGCCUUCCGUCGGCAAAGAUGCGAUGCGACGACUCCACGAUUCCAUGAUCAACCCCUCUGCAGGACCGAUCGUCGACCUGCAACAUUAUCUCGAUAGGGUCUUCCUCAUGCCUAGUCCGCCAGAUGGCAAGACCGAAGUGGUCUUCACGGGGAAGUUGACGAGUGUGCUCAAGACGGGCGACGAGGUGACGACCGAUUUCGCCACGUGGCUUGUGAUGAGUCCUAGUCAGGAUGGCGCUGGGGCGUUGAAGGUCGAGCUGCUGAGGGUUCUGUCCGAUACCGGAGAGCUGAUGGCGAAGAUCGGCGCCAUGAUGCUGCAAGACGGGCAACAGAGUUGA